AUGGCGACGAGGACGCCACGGCCAACCAGGAGGCGGCCGCCCGCGAUGGGCAAUUCAGCAAGUGAUGAGGAACUGCGGGCAACCUCACCACCGAUCCUAACCCUCCCGCGGCACGUAACCACGCAAUCCACCGCCGCAUGGGACAGCUACUUCACCGGGCAGCCGCCUCCGGCCUUGGCCACAGCAAGUGACGCGCCUAGCAUGCCCUUCACGGCGAGCUCAACAACCACUGCAGCACAAAUGCCCCCAAACACGCGCACCCUCUCCCCGUCUCCGUCCUUGUCUCAAUUUCCGCUACCACCCCUGAACUGGCCGCUCCUGAUCCAGUCUCCACUGUCCCAAGUCGCCGCCUCGUCCAGCACAACAAUCGAUUCAGGGCCAGACAUGCCAAUCUCACCCACGCCGUCGCUGUUUCCCGUGCCGCCUACUCAUACGCAACGACAGGAGCAACAGCAACGACUUCCUGGUAUUAGACCACCCCCGGUGCAGAUCCCGUACAACUCGAACUCAGUCUACUCGGAAAGCUCGCUCAUCUCGCUUUACUCGCCCUCCCACACCCCAUCAAAUGCCGCACAUCUGUCCAACGUCUCACGCCGACACUCCGUCGAUUCCAACGACAGCGCAUCCGUAUAUUCGGAACCGGCCGCAGAAUGGCCACUUCCCGUACCCCCAUCGACUCUCUCAGCAUUGCAUCAAUGCCGGCAUAAUGGGCAGGACCCCGGGGUCGUCGCUGAGCCCAAACCACGGCCCAGGAGCCAUCAAAGGGCCAGCAGCAGCAACAGUACCAUCCGGCCUCGACUGAGCAUCGACUUUACGGAAUCGAUUCCACCCGCUUCUUUUUCCCCUCGUCCUACUGGCACCCACGUCCGUAGUAAAUCUGAACGUUCAAAUCGACGGGAAGUUUCGGUCAUGCCGGUUACGCAUCUGCCAGGCGCAAAAGCCGAAUUAAUCCAGGCACGGGCAGUUUUCACCAAUCGGUUGGAUCCCACGUUCUAUCCCGAGCCCAAGCCGAGUCCAUUCCGGGACCAAGUAGUUGACAAACCAAACAAGCUGGCUGGGAACGAGCCGGUUUCGCGGUACCUGCCAGAGCCCGAACUCAUGUCUGGUACCAUUCAAAUUAUCAACAACAUCUCAAAACCGGAAGCAAUCCCAGGACGACCCGUCAUCAUGCACCCGGAACCCCCACCCCGGUCAGAGCCCCCACCAAGCAAACCGUGCUAUGAAAUCCAGCAAUUACAACUGCGACCGCAACCAAACGUAAUCCGAGGAAGGGCGCUGCUCACGCAAUACCUCCAGGAAUCUCGAAAAGACGUAUUCGAAGCCGAAGAAGCGAAGCAGAGCAGUAGACCGAAGGGAUCCGCCCCGACUGCGCGGAGCCGAAGUCGGUCUCGGCGGAAAAUCUGGAUUGCCGCCGUGUUCGGCACCACAUGUUUCUUGAUUGCGGUCGUGAUAGUGAUUGGGGUUGCCGUCGGCGCGUUCCAGACGAAGGAUGUCGGUGCUGAUCCAGGAGGUGGAAACAGUUAAGGUUGACUGGGCCUUGUUCAUCCGCCGGUGAAUGUGGCUGUCAAUGGAGAGACUUCAUGUACAAUACGAAAAACGAAGAGAGGAAAGUGCGAGGUUGUAGUUUCGGUUUUUUUCUGAAAAAAGCAUAUGAAGGACCUCAUCAUAACCUAGUUACGGUAGCGGCUGUAAGGAUUUGAGAAAUACGUGC